ACUGUGGUCAGGAGUCUGUGCUUGAUUGAUGUAAACAAAGUUAUCUGUUAUACACGAAAAACACGUGUUUUUCUUUAAAACACGUAAAAGUGUAUCAAGUUAUAAAGUUCCACAAAGUUUCAUUGUAAUGCUGAUAUAAAAAUCUUUAUUCAAUAAUUCUUAAUUUGUUUUACAUUGCAAAAUGCCUAAAUCCAAACGUGAUAAAAAAGUUUCUUUGACAAAAACAAAUAAAAAGGGCCUUUUAUUGAAACAAAAAACAAUUGAAGAAAUAAGGAAUUCAUUGUCUAAAUAUGAACACAUAUUUCUAUUUACUGUUGACAACAUGCGUAAUACAAAGCUGAAGGAUUUACGCAAUGAUUGGAAAGAUUCAAGAUUCUUUUUCGGCAAGAAUAAAGUCAUGGCCGUAGCACUUGGGAGAACCAAAAGCGAUGAAGUUGAAGAUCAGUUGAACUUGCUUUCCAAAAAGUUAAAAGGUCAAUGUGGGCUGCUAAUGACAAACAGAGAUGUAAUUGAUGUAUUGGAGUGGUUUAAAACUUACCGUGCAACAGAGUAUGCUAGAGCUGGAUUUGUUGCAACCAAAGAUGUGAUAUUACCCCAGGGCCCCCUAGAAGACUUCUCUCAUACUAUUGAACCACAUCUUAGGCGCCUCGGGCUGCCCACAAGUCUAGAAAAGGGUGUAAUUCACCUCAUCAAAGAAUAUCAGGUCUGUAAAAAAGGCACACCCUUGACACCAGAACAAGCAAGCAUUUUGAAACUUUUGGGUAGACAAAUGGCUCAAUUUAAAGUAGUCAUAAAGUGCCACUGGACCAAGGGGAAAGGAUUCCACAAAGAUCUUGAUGUACCGAGUGAUGAAGAAGAAGAUAAUGCUGAUGCUGUUCAAGAGGAACCAAUGGAAGAUGAUGAUGAUGGUGAUGAUGAAACUUAAACUGCAUUUGUUUUUUUUUUAUAAUGUAUGUAUGUAUAUGUUAAAUAAAAUGUUACAAAUUCA